AUGGACCUUGCAAACUUGUUCGGCAAGCUCCAAGAGUAUGAAAUGGAGCUAACUAGAAUAACCUUGAAGGAACAAGCCAUCAAGAAAAGCAAGGGAAUUGCCUUGAAAGCCUCAACACCAAGCAAAGAGAAGGAUGAGGAAAAAGAAGAUGGAGAUUCCGAAAAUGGUCUUGACGAAGAUGAGAUGAGUCUUUUCGUAAAGAAGUAUGGAAAAUUCUUUAAGAAGAAUUUUUCAAAGAAAUCCGCAUUUCCUCCUAGAAGAAGAUCUAAAGAUGAAGGAUCCUCACAACUUACCAUCACUUGCUUUGAAUGUGGAAAAACCGGUCACUACAAAUCGGAUUGUCCAAAUAUUCAAAAGAAAGACAAAUAUGAAAAGAAGCAAGGCAAGGAUAGAAGGAACUUCAAGAAGGCUUAUCUUGCUUGGGAUGAUGAAUCUAGUUCUUCCGAUGAUGACUCCAAGGAAGAAGCAUUGGACCCUCGAAAAUUCGCCAAAGGUCCAUAA